CAUAUGUUUGCCUAGGCAAUAAAUUAGCUUUGAUGUACUUGUGUGAUCUUGUGAGUUUACUAGUGUCGCGACAAAACAUUCACCACCACACACUUACAAGCUUCUCUCUCUCUCUCUCUCUCUCUCUCCUCCUAACGGCUUCUUCUCCUUUCGUAUAUAUCUCUUGUGUUUACAUUGCAAUUUUUCUCUACUCCAAAAGCCAACGAGUGGCACAUAUUAGUCCAAACACCUUUUGUGGAUGCUGAGAAAGAUAGUUUUGCACUAGUUGGUUGUGUUUCUUGGCCACUUUUUUAUUUCCUUCUUUUUUUCCUCAACAAUUCAUAGGCGAUUAAUGAGAUAAAAGGACUUAGUUAGUUUGAGAAAAACGCAAAAAAUAUGGCAAUGAUGCUCGGAGGCCAUGGAAGGAGUACUAUCGGAGCUUCGAGCUUAAUCCCGUCGACGUCGUCUUCUUCCUCUCAUUUGACUCAUCAAAAUGCCAAGCCCACUUCCCUACAGAAGCAGAAUAUAGUUAUUAUGAAUAAACUAGUAACGCUCCGCUCAAGUAUUAAUUAUGUUGUUGCCUGCUCUGCUGUCCAAGAAUCCUCUACAUCCACAGCAGUGGCUGCUGAUGCAAAUAAGGAAGUUAAAGCAGCCCCAAAACCAAAGCCAAAAGCUCCGGCGAAAGCUCCGGCGAAGCCGCUACCUCAGAUGAUGGAAGAAGAUGUAAUCCCUUCCCUCAAAUCCAUUCUUGAAGCCCAACAAGAUCUCACUGAUAUUCAGCUUUCUUUCCAAGACAACAGGUUGGAAGGAUCGUUUGUGAAGAAAGGGAAUCCAUAUUCGUUCUGGGCAUUCUUCCCGAAUGGAGUGUUGACAGGUCCAAAAGGCUUUUCACUGUCGUCGUAUGGGUGGGGAGCAAGCACCGUUGAGCCAUUUCUCAUCGAUGAGAAGAAGAUUACAGCAAAGCAUGUCGUUUUCUGGGUCAAGAAGCGUUUGGCUGCUCAAGGAAUCAUUCCCGUCUGGGAGGAUUAAACUCACUCUCAUUCAAGCACGAACAUACAUUCAUUCUACAAUAUCAUCAUGAUCAUAUUCUUAUCUAGUACAGUA